CUUGCUUGCCCCUGUGUCCUGCAGGCCGUUUCUCGCUUGAGAGCUGAGGCUUGCGACAGGGACAGAGGCAUGGCUGCUCCCGCCGCGGAGGUGGAGAUGGGCGGCGGAGAGGGGCUGCCGGAGGGGGACGCCGGCGGCGGUGGCGCCAGGAGGAGGAGGCCGCUGGGGUGGAGGUGCAUGCCCUUCAUCAUAGCAACCGAGACGUUUGAGAAGGUGGGGUCAGUUGGGGUGGCAGCAAAUCUCACGGUCUAUCUUGUCAAGCGCUACAACAUUGGGCAGCUCGCGGCAGCAAACAUUACCAACAUCUUUUACGGCACACUGAACUUUGCGCCGUUGCUAGGCGCGUUCAUCUCCGACGCCUACUUGGGAAGGUUCCGAACCCUGGCCUACGGAUCCUUCUUUAGCCUCCUGGGGAUGCUGGGAUUGACUUUGUCUGCAUCAGUUCCAGCUCUCAAACCACCAGGCUGCAGUCCGACAGCCCGAUUAGGUGGACACUGCAAUAGUCCAUCAACACUCCAGCUGAGCGUGCUAUACCUAUCUCUAGCAUUUCUAACCAUCGGCGGUGGAGCAAUCCGACCAUGCAGCUUGCCCUUUGGAGUAGACCAAUUCGAUAUGACCGAUGAAAAAAGCCGAAAGGGCCUGAAUAGCUAUUAUAACUGGUAUUAUGGCACAACUACUGCUGCCCUGGUGUUCUCAAUGACUAUUCUCAUCUACAUCCAGAAUAGCAUCAGCUGGCCAAUAGGAUUUGGCAUACCCACAUUCUUCAUGCUUAUGUCAAUCAUCAUUUUAUUCAUGGGUACUAGACUUUAUGUCCAUGUACCACCAGAGGGAAGCAUCUUCACUGGAAUUGCCCAAGUUUUAGUGGCAUCAUUUAAAAAACGAAGACUCAAGCUUCCGCAUCCUGACAAUAUAAAUCAACAAGAGUUGCUGCUCUUCAGUCCUCCCAUAGGUGGCCGCCGUAUUUUCAGAUUGCCACUUACUUCCCAGUUCAGGUUUCUGAACAAAGGUGCGAUUGUAAGGGAUGGUGAUAUAAAUGAUGAUGGUUCUGCAAGAAACUCAUGGGAGCUUUGCAGUAUCCAGCAGAUAGAAGAGGUUAAAUGUUUGUUAAGAAUUGUGCCUAUUUGUAUAUCUGGCAUCAUAUGCUUCGUCGCGUUGGCUCAACAAUUCACAUAUAUAAUCUUGCAAACAUUAACAAUGGACUGUCACCUUGGAACACAUUUUGAAAUCCCUGCAGGCUCUGUUAUAUCCAUAUCCUUAAUCGCCCUAACUGCAUUCCUGCCGAUUUAUGACCGAAUAUUGGUACCUAUAGCUAGAAGAUUCACCAGAGUGGAAAGUGGAAUUACACUUCUUCAGAGACAGGGUAUAGGAUUGGUGAUUUCUCCCAUUUCAAUGGUGGUAGCAGGGCUUGUUGAACAAAAAAGGAGAAACUCAGCAUUGUCUAAUGGAGGAAAAUCACCUAUGUCAGUCUUGUGGCUUGCCCCCCAAUUGAUUUUAAUGGGUAUUGCUGAGGCCUUCAAUGCAGUUGGACAAAUAGAAUUCUACAAUAAGCAGUUUCCAGAGCAGAUGCUAACCCUAGCAGGAUCCCUCUUUUUCGUCACGUUAGCUGGAGCAAACUAUUUGAGUACUGCUUUGGCAAACAUUACAAGAAAAGUGACUACCAGAGAUGGCCACACAAGCUGGUUGACAGAUGACAUUAAUCUUGGCAAGCUUGACUAUUUCUUCUAUUUCAUUGCCCUCAUUGGAGUACUGAACCUUUUCUACUUCCUUAUAUGCUCACACUACUAUCAAUAUAAAUCCAUGUCACUCCAUGCUGAAGAGUCCAUCAAAGUACGCACCAAGGAAGAGGCAGAAGCAGAGGUCGACGCCAAUACAGAUGCACCUAAAAAAUAAGUAUUGGGAGGGAAAUUUGUCCUGCAGAGUAUAUACUUGGAAAAUUGUCAACAGACUUUCCUGUUUCACAAUAUGGCACAGGACUUUAUUAUCUUUUUAAUGUGACGAAGAACUAGUGUAGCUUAGUUUAGCCAGGAUGUAUGACUGUUAUCCAAAGGGCAUCAAUGAAGAGCUAAAAGGUCUAUUGUAUUUUCCAAAUUGAUAAAGUGUGAGUUUCUGGAA